AUGCCCACCCCAGUCAACAACGCUGCAUCUCAGAAAGAUGUUCUCGCGUCGUCCGACUGGAUUCCCACCCAUCCCGUAGAGUGCAAGGUGGUGCGAACGUACCAGGACGGUCUGUGGGGCGAACACGAGUACUCCCGCUGGCCCCAGCCGAUUAUUCGCGGCAUGUGGCACGUCGCCUGCAUCCCUUCACUUCGUCAUCCUCACCCUCUCAUGCCCCCUAUCCUCUGGUCGCUUCUGAUGCCAUCGCGAGACUGGGUGGAAGACGGAACAGUGGACCAGUGCCUCGACCGCAUGAAUCGUCUGCCUUCGUACGCACCCGUGGCCGUUGCCGUGGGCGCGCACCUUCAACACGUCGGCUUGGAGCUGCUUGGUCUGCGCACCUACCUCACGCGAGACUUGCUUCCGGUUCUUGGCGUCUUUGCGCGCGACGCGGCCACUGCUCAGCUGGCGACUUGUGUCGGGCUGCCCGUUUGGUUUCUUCAGCCACUCUCCCCCCAGGUCCAGGUGUGGAACGUGGUCGACCGCACUUUCCCUUACUUCCUGUCUGGUAAGGAAACCGAUCCACCCAUGCGCCACCAUCCCGACGAACUCGGAGCGAUCGCCAAUCUCAUGAGCAGCUGGGUCUUGAACCUCGUCUUCGUCGUCACCGGUCAAUUGUGCACUAGCCGCCUGCCACGUUUUGAUGUCACCGCCACGGACACGCACACUCGGGAGGACAACGGUCCCAUGAAGACCCAACGCCUGGAGCUGCCUGCCACCGAAAUGCAGGCACCUCCGACGCGCCCCGGCGACGGCCCGAAGAAGAAGACCAGGAGGGGCGGGAAGAAGUCCAAAUCUGUCGUAACGAGUGCCGCGUCGUCGUCCGCCAUCACGCUCGAUCACUCUCCCGAGGCUCGCCAUCCAGCAAGAUCCUUCACCCCGUCUCCGUUCGUCCUCAUCCCUGAGCCUUGGGAGGCGGCGCUCCGAUCAGUCAGCCCCCUGGGGCAGCCGCGACACUCCGUGCAUUACUUCUACCCCCCGCCUUUCUUGCUCGACACGCUGCGACGCGAUACCAAGGUGCAUCAAUACCUCCACAAUGCCAUGCGCAUCCGUGAGUUCUGCCGACUUCGCCUGCUCAAUCCCCUCGUUUCUGGGGAGCCUCUGACGAUCGCGGAAUGGCGCGCUGCGUUGUGGGGUGACUAUGAGGUGAAACAUGCUCCCCCCGAAAGCACCGACCGCCGCCUCAAGCACAAGAUCGAGAAUAAGAACGGGGUAGCGCGUCUUUUCGGCAACGGCGCAGCCCUCGACUCAUACAACUCCUCCGCGGUGGAGCACCUGAACGGCAUCGCUGUGACUGCGGAAGUUGCGGCUACUGAUCCCCGAGUCCGAGCUUUGCUGCUUUGGGAGUCCCACGAAGUCAACUUCCGGUGCGAGCUCAGCGCUCUCGACGUGUCGCUCGUGCCUCGGGCCGCGAUGUCGGUCAUGGAGCGGUGGGGAAGGGAGGCGUAUGUCUCUGGAGUGUGGGGACCCGAGGCUUCUCUCGCGAGCGUCGUCCCGUGUUUGGCCCCGGGUAGCGAGCCCUUCAUGUGGCCUCGAUCUCAUGACGGCGAGUGGGAGAACUCGGUCCUUCAUCUGCGUCGCUUCAUCUCGGUGAUGUCUCAGUGGCCUGAUUCUCCCGGUGUUCUCCGUCAGAUGCGUACUGCAGUGUCUUGGACCUCGGAAGACUACGAUCACCUGCAACGGGAGGCUGCGCUUUUCUACGUUACAAAGUUUACGUCGUGUUACGGGAGACUCCCCAUCCCUCCCAUCCCCUGUCAGACGGACUGA